AUGACAGGAUGCAAAAAAUUAUCUUCCACUUCUAAAGUUUGGAAGUAUGCGUCGAAAUCAGAUGAUAAUGCGACGGUUAAGUGCAAAUUUUUCGAGAAACAUCUGCCAUAUAAAGGAUCGACAACUUCGAUUUUGUACCACCUCAAUAAUAUGCAUGGUGAGGAGAUGGAAAAAACUAAAAAGCUCAAAAAGAAAAAGGAAAGAAGCUUCUCAUCCGAUCAGGCUGACAAUGCUCCAACUUUAGAAGAUGCUGCAUUGGAAUUGGCCAUUUUAGUGGGAUCUCGACAAUGCCGAAUGGCGGAUCAGCUGCCAACAUUGGAGAACGAAUUGGGAAUCUAA